GGGUACGAAAUUUGAAAGGUGGAGCCUCACUGACCCGCUGCUCACCGUCUCUCUCUCUCUCUCUCUGAGCAGCAGUGGCAUGAAACUCUGACCCGACACGUCACACGCCACUGUUGGGUCCAGCGAGCGUUAGUUGAAGCUGAAGAGAAUGGAGGGUGCGCAGGUUCCCGGCAGCGGCCGAUUGGACCGGGUCUUUACGCCCAGGAGAGAGCGCCAUCCCAACGGCACCAAAGCCACGGUUCUCCUGCACAGAGACCAGGCCCGGUCCAGGGACUCUAUCACAGAACGGGCCGCGCCGCUAGCCUGGUGCGAGACGCCGAAGCUGACCCGGAAGGACGGGUCGCUCCGCAGGCGCUUGCUCGUGUCCCGCUCCUCAUCCGACGGGAGUAAGAGUGGCUUCACCACACCGGAUCAGCUGACCCGCGAGAGCUUCGACUCCCCGGACAUCAGCCCGACCGGGCCUCUGUCUUACAGCACUUUAAAAGCGGAUGACUUUGUGUUCUCGUGUCGGAAGCGGCGUCUUCUGUUCUCCCAGGCCGUCACGUCCACGCUGGAGUCGGGCAGGAGCGGCCUAACCCACACGAGCCUCACCGAACCGGACCCGGACGAGAGCAUCAUAGCCGGUCCUCCCAGCUCACCUCACACACACGACCUGACCCCGGUGCGUGCAGGGAAGCAGCUUCUGGACACGCCCUCGGACACGCCCCCGGACACGCCCCUGGAGGACAGCGGCUUCAGCUCUCUGGGUCUGGAUAAAUCCCACGACUCCUCGGUGGACCAUGACGGCUCGUUCCAGGAGCUGGUUCUGCCUGGCUCGAGCGGGCGGGAGAAGAGGCGCUCGCGGCUGGAGAGGCAGCGGAGACUGUCCACGCUCCGGGAGGGAGGCUCUCAGUCCGAGGACGGGCCCAGAGGCCCGCGGGCCGACCCGCACAAGGACGAGGUGUUCCUGGACGGGACGCCGCUGAGCGCCGCUACGCUGCAGAUGCAGGAUCUGUCGCUGACGCCGGCGCUACAGGCCGUGCUCUCCAUCAGCCGCCGCGGGUCGAGCCUGGAGGACCUGCUGCUGGACCGGCCCGUCAGAACCAGCCUGCCGCUCUCGGGGCUCAUCGGCCGCAAAAUGGGCCUCGACAAGGUGGACGUGAUCUCAGAACUGAGGAUGAGGAACCUGAGACACGUGCUAGCGGUGAUCUUGAGUCUUCUGUCUGCAGCCGACAUCUACAGGUUCGGCCAGGUGUGUGAGGACUGGAGCGACGUCAUCACUGAAGACCGGAGAGCCGCUCACAGGAGAAGAUGCCACAUCCGAGAGCUCAAGAUCUCCCUAACACUGGAGGGAGGAAAGCCGGCUCAUGUUCCGGAUGCGGACACCAGGGCGGCGCUGGUGUGCAGGCCGGCUCUGGGCAGCGUACAGGCUCAGGCCCGAACACCCCUCGCCCCCCCGCCCGUCACCCCGACCCACGCCAGCUCCAGACGCAGGCAGUUCCUGCAGGUGGCAGAAACCCUGUUCAGUGACGAGCACCUGAAGCCGUGUCCUCGCUGUGAGCACCCGGCCCGCUGUCACUCGCUGCGCGCCGAGGGUGUGUGUAGCUGGAGCGACUGCCGCUUCCGCUUCUGCACCGCGUGCUCGAGCUCCUUCCACGGGGCCAGAGACUGCGCGCACCAGUCGGCCAAACGCCGGAGCCGGAGAGACGUGCUGCCGGGCAGCGCUCAGAGCAGACGCAACGUGAGGCGGCUGUGAGUGUGUGUGUGUGUGUGUGUGUGUGUGUAUGCUUGCGUGAGAGUGUGUGUAUUUUGCGUUCCUCUAUGUGUGGGUUUGUUUUUAAUUAUGAACUUCUCAUGAGUUUUGCACUUAUGUACAGCAUUCAUUUUGGUCCUGUGAAUCUACAUGUAUGUACAUAUUGCUCUUUACAUGCUUGUUUUUAUACAUCGUUUUAAAUAAAGCCCU